AUAAAUGGGUAUAAUGAAAUUUAAAAUAUGGAUCCACAAAGAAAAACAGCCGCUGGACCAAUGGCCCCAUCCAGUUUGAAAACAGCUCGAAAAAGUUUUGCAGUUUGCAAUACCUACAUAAAAAACAUAAAUCCUCAAAAAGAAAUUGUAACAGUUCACACUAGCACCCCUAACGUUGAACAUCGCUCAUUCCAUAGCGAACAAAACCAAAUUUAUCAAGGCGAAGUUAAUGUACUUUCAAUAAUUAAUACUAACAAAGAUAUUAUGUGCUGUAAAUACACUGAAGAUGUCAAAGAAGUCGCAGCAGGGUUUAUUGAUGGAACAAUAAGAUUAUUUGAUUGUAAUACUGGAGAUUGUACGCAUACACUAAUAGAUGACGAGUGUCGUGUUUAUCCUGGUCCGGUAACGGCUAUCAAGCACAGGCCAAUUAGCAAGGCACAUCCUGUUACUAACAUGCUUUUGUCAUGUUAUGUCAAUGGGUGCAUAAAAUGUUGGAAAUAUAAAUACGAACAAUGUUUAUAUACGAUAAGAGAAAAACGGCAAACUUUAGGCUUGUGUUACCACCCACGUUACACCAAAUUUGUUACAUUCGGAGAUGAUGCUAAACUUAAUAUGUAUGAUGAAGAAGCACAAACACAAGAAAGAUCUUUUUAUUCAAGUCAGCGAAAAAACAUUGUGGACGGCCACACCUCAAGAAUUUUCGCUUGUGUCUUUAACCCUAAAUCGCAUCACGAAUUAAUCUCUGGUGGUUGGGAUGAUACUAUUCUUUGUUGGGAUGACAGGCAACCCUAUGCAACACGAUUUUUUUCUGGUAUACAUAUGUGUGGCGAAGGACUAGACUUUGAUAAACCUGGAAAGCAGAUUUUGACAUGUUCUUGGCAAGAUAAAGAUAGUAUUCAAAUUUGGGACUAUGGAUCUUGCAAGCUUAUAGAAACGAUUGUACCCGACAUUUACCAGUCGAAAUUAUAUUGUGGCAAAAUAGUACCACAAACUAAUUUAAUUGUUUGUGGCGGCUCUGAACCUAAUAUAUUGCGAGUCGUAGACAUCAAUAUGAAAGUCACAGAGUGUUCAAUACGCAAUAAUCCAGGAAGCGUGUAUGGUUUUGACUUUGGAACAGUGAGAAGAAAACCAAGUAAAGUUCCAGACACUUAUAAAAAAAUAAGUGAAAUACAAAAUACGCCACGAAUUGUUUUUGUAACUGGAAAAAGAUUGCAAACGGUAGAUUUUGGUUAAAUGUUCUUGAAAUGUGAAUUGCGUUAAUUCUGUUUAAUGGCAUACAGGCAACAAAAACAAAAUAAAAAUAUUUUUAA